AUGGGUGACCAAAUCCAGUUCAUUGUUGAGAAGCUCAAUCAGGAGCCCUUCAGGAAGAACUACAAUCUGAUCUCGUUUGACUCUCUGGAGUCGCUGCAGCUGCUGCAGCUGCUCAGUGAUGUUCUGGGGGAGAUUGACUCGAAGCAUGCUGUUGACAUUAGAGAGGAGCUGCCGGAACAAACAGCUAAAAGAAUGCUGAAUCUCCUUGGAAUCCUCAAAUACAAACCUCCAGGGACUCUGUCAGACCUGAGUGCUUUUCGCCAAGGGCUGGUUACUGGAAGCAAAACUGUAAUUCAUCCUGUCUUACACUGGCUUCUUCAGAGGACCAGUGAACUCAGGACAAGAGCUUACCUGGCACGUUUCUUGGUGAAACUGGAAGUGCCAACAGAGUUCCUACAGGAUGAUACUGUGGCUGACUUCAACAAACAGUAUGAAGAACUCAUGGAAGCAUUUAAAAACCUACAUAAAGAGCACGAGCAGCUCAAAAUAUCUGGUUUAUCAACUGCAGAGAUAAGAAGGGACAUCAGUACAAUGGAAGAGGAGAAAGAUCAACUGGCCAAAAGAGUAGAGCGUCUUAAGAAGAGGGUGGAGACAGUACAAAAUCAUCAACGGAUGCUUGAAAUAGCAAGACAGCUUCGCUUAGAGAAAGAGAGAGAAGAAUCUCUGGCUCAACAGAAACAAGAACAAAAAAGUCAGUUGUUCCAUGCAGAGCAGAAGCUGCAGAGAGCCCAGGUCCAGCUGAAGGAGAUGAAGCACAUGGUGGCAGAUUCCAAACCAGACAGUUUAAUGAAGAAACUAGAAGAGGAGAUGAAUUUCAAUUCCUACCUGGCAACUGAAAAAAUACCCAGAGAGAUGGAAAGUAAAAAGACUUCAGUGUAUUUCUUACAAAAGGUGGUUGCAGAGCCAGCCAUGACUCAAGCUGAUCUCACUGCACUGGAAAGUGAGAGAGAUGAAGUUAAUGCAGAAAUUAAUCAGCUUAUUGAGAAAAGGAUGAUCAAGUAUGAGCCAACUGAUAGUAAAUUCUCCAUGUAUCGCCAGCAGGCUUCUAUAAUUUCCCGGAAAAAAGAAGCCAAGGCAGAAGAGCUUCAGGCUGCCAAGGAAGAGAUGUCCAGCCUGGAGAGGCAGAUGGAGCAGAAGAGCAGUCAGGCCCACGAGCUGGAAGGCUCUGAAGUCCUGACUGAGGAUGAGUUCAAGCAGUACGUGAGCAAGCUCCGGAGCAAGAGCGCGUUUUACAAAAAGAAGCGGCUGGAAAUGGCAGAAAUCACGGCGGAGUACGGGAUCCUGCAGAGGACUGAGGAGCUCCUGAGGCAGCGGCACGAGGCCGUUCAGCAGCAGCUGCAAGCAAUUGAGGAGAAGAAAGGAAUCUCUGGAUACAGCUACACCCAGGAGGAGCUGGAAAGAGUCUCUGCAGUGAAGAGUGAAAUGGAUGAAGUGAAAGGCCAGACAUUAGAUAACAUGUCUGAAAUGGUGAAGAAACUGAAUGCCAUGGUGGCAGAGAAGAAGGCAAGCCUUGCUCCUGUCAUCAAAGAGCUGAGGCAGCUGCGUCAGAACUGCCAGGAAUUAACUCAAGAAUGUGAGGAGAAGAAAAUCCAGUAUGACAGUUGUGCAGCCGGGUUGGAGACCAAUCGCUCGGCGCUGGAGCAGGAAGUGAAAGGGCUUCUUGAGGAGUGUGCCCAGGAAGAGAGCAACUACCAUUACAUUAACUGCAUGAAAAGGAACCUGGAGAUCCAGCUGCAGCGUGCCAAGGAGGAACUGAAGGCCUACAUGUCCCCAGACCCGCAGGAGCGGCGCAGGGCGGUUCGAGAACAGUAUACGCGAAUAAUCCUUGAACAAGAAAACCUUGGGAAGAAACUACGAGAGAAACAGAAAGUUGUACGGGAAAGUCACGGGCCAAAUAUGAAGCAAAUGAAAAUGUGGCAGGACUUUGAGCAAUUAAUGGAAUGCAAGAGAGAAUGUUUUCUGAAACAACAAAAUCAAGCAGCCAUUGGCCAGAUAAUUCAGGAAGGAGGUAAAGAUAGGCUUGUGUUAUAAAUUCUUCCUCCUGAUAUCCACAUGAAGUAGGGAGGCUCUUGUUAAAUACUGUUGCUUUCAUCAAUUCUACAAUUUUUGUACAUGGUUUGGUUUUGGAGCGUAAACAGAGAGAGCAAAGAACCCCUCUGCAAGCUUUUGCUCCAGUGUCUCAGUGACAAUGUGCCAUGGUUAGAAGCUGUUGGGAGGGCUGCACUGGGGUGAACCUGCUCGUAAAUCCGUGCUUUAUGAGGCCAGGAAUGGCACCCAUCUGUUGGGAGAUCAAAGGGAAACAAAUCCUUCUGCAGGGUCACAGAAAACUCACCUAAUUGCUCUGCCUCUUAUUCUCAAUCGAUAAG